GUGACGGAGUGAAAAACAAAAUGGCGCGCGCCGCCGUAGUCCGUUAUAGUCGUUGGGCUUCGCGCUUUUCUUCCACUGCCGCCACCUUCUCCACCGCACCGGAAAAUGCGAACCCAGGUCGACCCGGCCCGCCUCCGAUCCGAGUCGCGCUCACCGAGUCAUCCGGGCGUGGCGUCUUUGCGACCCGGAAAAUCGAGACCGGUGAGCUCUUACACACCGCCAAGCCCAUUCUGACUCACCCUUCUCUCUCCACCCUCCACAGCGUCUGCUACUUCUGCCUCCGAAAGCUCAAAGGCACCGACGCCUCGCAGCGCCAGCGUGUUUCCUAUUGCAGUCAGGAGUGUCAGCGACAAGCUCAGGGGUUUCAUGAUAUUGAGAUGACAGCAGAUUGGUCAGCUUAUGAGGACUAUUGCCGGUCCAAUGGUUUGAAAUAUCCACUACUUGUAAAGCGGUUGGCUUGUAUGGUCAUGUCAGGAGCUGCACCUGCCAACCUUCUUGACAUACUCCAACCUGCUAGUUUGACCCCAGGGAUGAUUUCUGAGAUGCAAGAGGGGUUCGGCUUGCUAAGGAAUGCCUUUAUAGACUCAAAUAUCACGGGUGAACAGAUAUCCUUUUUGACUAAACAAUGGUACAUUGGCAUACUUGCACGGAUUCGAAUAAAUGCUUUUCGUAUUGACUUGGCUGGUGGAUACGAUGAUCUCCUGUCAUCAUUAGCAGCCUCUAUAGAAGCUGAAGCUACCUGUGGACAUGCUGUUUAUAUGCUUCCAUCAUUUUAUAAUCAUGAUUGUGAUCCAAAUGCCCACAUUAUAUGGAUAGAGAAUGCAGAUGCGAGAUUGAAAGCUCUUCGGGAUGUUGAUGAAGGAGAAGAGCUCCGGAUCUGCUAUAUCGAUACAAGUAUGGAUCAUGAUGCUCGGCAGAGUUUCCUGUCACGAGGCUUUGGUUUUCAUUGCAAUUGUUCCCGUUGUCUGUCUGGUGACUAAUAAUUUGAUGCUUACAUUUCCAGACAAAAAUGAGAGUUGAAUUGUUGUGAUGAAUUUGUUUUUUCGGUGCUACAUCUGUUUAGAAUUUAGAUACUACUCGUUCUUGGUCAUAUGUCUACUUUUAUUAUUUUAUUGUGAAUCAUCUUUUCUUCUCAUACCAGCAGAAUUCUUCUUAUGUUAUUGGUCUGAAAAGCAGCAGAAU